UAGUAGCAGGAAGACGUUUAGCACCUCCAGUAGUAGCAGGAAGACGUUUAGCACCUCCAGUAGUAGCAGGAAGACGUUUAGCACCUCCAGUAGUAGGAGGAGGACGUUUAGAACUUUGUGCAGAGGUAGAGAGGACGUUUGCUAAUAAUAGCAAAAGAGCCACUGACAAUGAUUUAAACCUCAUUUUUGAAAGGUUUGUAAAGAGGAGGAACGGAAUUAAUGAUAGUAUGGGAGCUUGA